CCAGGCUGGUAUGGGUGCUCUUCAGGGACGCACUAUGGCACAGAUGAAUACUAGUAAUAGCUUUAGAAAUCCUUUCAUUGCCCAUGACUAUGCAAAUAUUGCUGGUAAUAAUGCAAUAACCGUAGGAGAUUUUUACUCAAAACUCUUAAAAUAUGGAAAAAUGCUUAAUCUUGAUGAGCAACAGAUUAAGGGACAAUUUUUAAGAGGUUUGUCUCCAGACUUGGAGGAUGAUGCGGAACGCAUUGGUACUGAGCAACCAUUAGCUAAUCUUUUUGAAAUUUUAGAGCGAAUUGAAAUGCGAAGAGCAGAGAUUA